CCGGGAGGCAGCCCGGUUCUAAAUCAAAUGCAAUCAACAUUCAGCCGACGCAAAACACGCCAAUACGGGCGCCCGGGCGGGAUUAAUCGAACCCCCUCAUUGACGCACCCUGCAGUGUAAAAACCACCAUGGCGCUGUGCAAGAGAGGGGUCCAAUGCUGUGUUACAACGAAAAUACGAUGCAGUUAUCCAUUUCAAGGGAUCUCAACCGUGUCGACAUACACUCCAAUAUUAGCCUACUCCAGAUUAAGUGUAUUAUCCUGCAGGCACUACUCGUUAUCUCAGGGCAGACAAGGCAUAUUUCAGAGAGCCAGUGAGAGGUAUGAGAAAUUCCUUGAACAUCGAUUCCCCCGCCUCUACAUCCUUUAUACCACCUUUGUGAAAGGAUUUCAGCUCAUGGUACACGAUGUGAGGGAAACGAAGAGGAUAAGGAUGAAAAUGCUCACUCAAGAUGUUUCACUCAAAGAGCUGCCCUACCGUGAGAUGGAGACCAUCAUUCUGUUUCGCAAAGACAUGAUAAAAGCCAUUCCGCUGGUGAUAAUAUCUAUCCCGCCUUUUGCCAUCAUUUUGGUUUUCACUCUUAUGUGCCUGUUUCCUAGGCAGCUCCUGAUUCGUCACCUGUGGACUCCGCAGCAGCAGCAGGACUUCCAGAGGUUGUACCACGAGCAGAGAUGCCGAUACCGUGAGAACAUCCUGAAGGGUGUGGCCUGGUCAAUACCUCACAUCAAAGAGUGGACCCUCCGCAGCCAUCUGCUUACUCUUAUCAGCAAGGUGCAGAGUGGGGCUCACCCCAGUGUGAAAGACAUCAGUGCAGUGAGAGGCGUGUUUUCCGGACAACCACUGGGAUUAACAGGCAUGGACUCUGGUCACAUGAGGCUGCUGUGCUCCCACCUCUUGCUGAACCCCUGGCUCCCUGGGUUCCUGCUCCGGCGACGGCUGAGGGUCAAAGCCCUGGACCUGCUUUACUUGGAUCAGGCUCUAGACACACUGGGACAGGGCCAACUCACUGACUCAGAGAUUAGAGAGGCCUGCUAUCUGCGGGGUCUCAAUCCCAGUAGCCUCACCAGUAGCCAGUGUCGAGAGUGGCUCCUCCAGUGGCUUCAGCUGUCUACCCAGCUCACAGAUCCCUAUGCUGCUGAGAUGGAGGAGGCGUACACAGAGCUGUACAGGGAGUUCCUCCGACUGCGCUCACUAUGUCUGAAGCAGGCUGCUCUACUCCAGCAACUCACAGAGACACUGAGGAGACAGCGAGGAGAAGCCCCUGUUCCUGAUGGACAACCCAGCGUAAUGGCAUCAAUCCCAGUCCAGUGCACCCAGGAUGGCCUGGGGUCUCUCCCUGCACGGCCAGAACCCCCAAUGGUACCAACACACAACCCUGCUGCACACCGUGGCGGUAUAGUCCUAUCUGGAGCCUUUGGCUCACUCUCUGAUCUCCUGGAGGGGGAUUUGGGCAGACUACGGCUGGACUUUGCUCAUCCAGGGACAGAAAGGAAUGAGGUCCUCAAAGCRGCCCCCCUCAGGCCUCUGGAUCUACCUGGGGGUAAUAAUGGAGAGGUGGCACCCUCCAGUGUCUCUGGGGACUCGAAGCAAGCAGGUCGAUUUUGGGGUGAUGAUACGACCCGACAAAUGUUCCGGAUGCCCUCGGCGUGUGGCUCCUUCUUGGACAGUGAGUUCCUGAGCCAGACCGGGGGAAUGAUGCUGAUGUCAGAGGUGGCAAUGCAGUCUCAGGUGUGUGACUUCUGCAAUGCUGUGUUCCCUGGCUACACCACCACCAGGGGGGACUUCCUGCGCCAUCUCCACACACACAUCAGCUAAAACUCUGGUUCCACGUUGAUUCAACAUCAUCGCAUAGAUUUUUUGUGGUUGAAAUGACAUGGAAACAAUGUUGAUUCAACAAGUCUUUUCCCAGAGGGUUAUUUUGUUGCCACAGUGAUCAGUAAUUUGCGCCAUGGGCCCUGGUCAAAAGUAGUACACUAUAUCAUAGGGUGCUAUUUGGGAUGCUGCCUUUGUCUUUCACAAUCAACGCAGCGAUGCAAAAGCACACAGCAGAACUCCUCAACGAGCCACCAGAUUGGCAGCUAUAUCUCCCUAUAUUUAGUCUGCUAUCUCAUCAUGGUGGUGGGGGGGUGGGGGGUGCGCAGACUCACAUGGAGUGAAAAGAGGGUGACAUCACAGAUACAGGUGAGUCAUGCAAGCAUCGUUUGUACAGGAUUAGCACUCAGCACAGAACUGGAAGGAACAAACAACUUGACGGCGGUGAUGAUGGUGGUGGUGAUAUUGGGGGGAGAGUGGGAAUGUCUGUUUGGACUUAGUGCUUUUCUAUUAGUUCCCUAAUUGCUGGCAGCAUUCGAAUGACGAAGGCUUAUUCAGCCUUAUCGUACAUUUGACUCUUAUGCUCCGUCAAAAUGGAUAUCCUCAAAAGGAGUGCAACAAAUGGGGCCACAAGAUUUUUAAAACAAUAAAAUAACAUUUAUUGAGAUUUAACAAAAUAAAUAAUUUUCUGUUCAACAUAACAAACUGAGGUUGUUUAAUGCUUGUGAGGCAGGAGGUUACAGUUUAGGUACCUCAUGGUAAUAAUGUGUGCAUCCCAAAUUGCAUUCUAUUUCCUCUAUAGAGCACCACCUUUAACCAGAGCCAUAUGGGCCCUGGUCAAAAGUAGUUCAUUAUAUAGGAUAUUGAAGGCCUUUUGGGAUGCAGAAAAUGAAAUGUCCUUGAUUCACCCUGAUUUCUUAYUCAUCCAAACACCUUUCUUUUCAACAUUCAUACCCAGUAACAUCUGAUGAUGUUUUCUUAAAAAAAAAAAAAGUUAAAUUAUCCAAAACUCCGUUGUCAAAGAAUUUAGUGUUUUAAUAUGACAUACAUACUGUAUAAAAAAAUAAAACAUUGGGAGAUGA